AUGGCAGAACACGACAAGAACCCGGCCCGCGUCAAUCAGUACGACCCCGCCACUUACACGCGGAAGGGCCAAACAACCCGCGUUGUGGUUCGUGAGAAGCCGUUUAUUAAGUCGCGAACGCAGCGGCUGCUCGACUUUCUUCGCCCCUCCAUCCGCAGCGGCUUUAACGUGGUGCAGGGGUUUGAGCUGGCGAAGGUAAUGGCAUGCGUCGUCUUUCCCAUCGUCAUGCUGCUCUACUGGAAGCACAUGCAGAAGAAGCUCCCCGACCAGUGGGAGAGCCAAUUUGCGGGGCUGCAGCACCGCAAGCUCAAGGAGGAGGUGCUGCAGGAGCCGGAGACGGACUACUUCACGAUCAUCGACACCUUUAAGGAGCGUCGCGAGAAGGCUCUGGAAAAGAAGCAGCGACAUGUGAGGAAUUCCGACGCACAGUCCAAUCCCCCGGCAGCGUGA